ACGAGGCCUGCGCGUGCCCAACGGUUCCCGAACAGUCUAAACGGUUCUGGAGCAGCGGUGAAAGCGGAGAUCUUCUCCAUAAAAAUAUAUCAGAUAUGGAAUUCAGUGAAGCAUUAAAGUUCCUCCCCAUCAACCCCAACAACUUCCCCAGCAAGUUGUGGCAUUUGGUGCACGAUCCUUACGUUCCCUCUAUCUGCUGGGACGCUGCCGGGGAAGGAAUACUUAUCUUUCAGUGGCUCUUCGAAGCUCAAGUGCUAUGGCCAGCUACGGCCAACAGGCAGAUGGACAGGUACUUCAAAACGACAGACUUCAACAGCUUCCUUCGCCAGCUAAACCUGUACGGCUUCAGAAAAAUGCACCUUGGCAUCUCAAAUAGGUCAUUCCUCCUGCACUACUACCACAACCCGAACUUCAAAAAGGCUAAACCAGAGCUUCUGGUCAACCUAAAGCGACUCACGCCUGCCAACAGGGCCAGGUUUGACGCUGGGCUACAAGAACCCAGCCAGUCAUCAAGACUGAUGCCGAAUUCACCUGAGAAAGACUCUUCAGUGGUGGGUCAGUAG